CAGAAACCUCCUAAUUUUUUUAUUCUUUAUCAAUACAGAAAGAUUUUUUGUUUUAUUUUAAAGUAGUGGUUUUUAUUGUUUUUUUCUUAAAAAAAAUUUUUUUUGAGUACACAAAUGGCAUACUCACCAUGUCGGCAUAAAUGUUAGUAAAGUUUAAAAUAAGUAAAUGUUUUGAAGAUAGCAUAGGUCUUUUGCAUCAUGGUUCUUUCACGUAGAAAGCAGAACCGUACAUUCCCAAUCACAAUAAUAAGCUCUGGCAGAAACUCAUCUCAGCAAACCGGCUAUUCUUCUUGGGCUGAAGUAGUAUCGAGUAGUACUCGCAAGAUUCAGUCCUUUCGACCUAUGAUGAUUACUCCAAGUGUCCCUACAACAAACACAGCUAUUACAGAUGUGCCUUUGAUUUCAGCGUCCAACGCUCCCUCACCUAUUCAUCAGAAUCAAAUUGAAAAGACUCCCUUGUUUGCCUUUACGCUUACUAAGCCUGAUAUGGAGAGCCAACUAUCUCGCUUUGAUCAAGUUUUAGAUUUAGGAGUCACUACAGUUGAAGGAUGUUUUACUGGACAGGAAUAUGCCACCUUAAACUAUCUUCAACCGGAGAUAAGGAUACCCAAUUUGAAUCUUUGCAACGGAGCAGAUUGUCCACAACAUAAAAAGUUUUCAAAGUGUUACAACUCUAACGAAAGAGAACACCGCAUGUGUCAAUGUCCACGAAACAAUACAAUUGAUACUACCACUGCUCCUAGCAAGAAACGCAUUGCGAACAAGGAGAGAAAAGUGCCUAGUCCUACAGUAGACCAAGAGGUCAAUCAGGUUGCACCUUCGUUAGGCUAUCAGAUUAAGAAGGCCAUGACUGAGAAAGAUCCAGAAACUACAAUUGAAUCGGAUGAGGAGCCUAUGAUUGAACAGGCCAAAAAUCAAAGCAGCAGAUUGUCAAACGGCCUGACUCACAAAUGUACGCCUACUCAUGUUGACUCCGUAGUAGUGAAUAGAAUGCUAUCUCAUGUUCCAAAACAUAUUCGUCUCAAUGAGCAAUAUUGUACACAUAUGACAGCCAGUAUUAGUAUGGUAGAAAUCAUAGAAGAAUCCAAACAAUCGCCAAGGGAGUAUAACACAGGCUUAGAUGAACUUCCGUAUCAAAGUCUUCACUUAGUACUCCAAUAUCUAAUUAGUCUUUGCCAAAUAGGAUUUCUACCUGGACGCUACAUUGCCAAAAAUGGAUUAGCGGUUCAAGCGAUGAUGGAGGAUGCCCAAAAGCAUUCGAUUGAGGCGUCAAAGAGGAGAUUACGACUUGGUGCUGAGGCUAUAUCAGGAAAAAAUGUAUGA